AUGGCAACAGUACCUAGUAAAGCUCGAUGUAGUACAUGUGAUAAAGAAAAGAAUACAGUCAGAUGUGAAGGUUGUUUAAAACUGUUUUGUUAUAAUCAUUUAACUGAUCAUCGUCAAGAAUUAAGUGGAGAACUAAAUGAAAUUGAAAUUAAUCGUGAUCUAUUCCGACAAACACUUACUGAACAGGCACAUGAUCCGACAAAGCGUCAUACUAAUCCACGUGUUAUUGAAUUACGAAAAGCUGCCGAAGGUUUGGGAUUUCGUAUAGCAGGUGGUCGAGAAGAAAACUCUCCUAUUUACAUAUCACAUAUUAUUCCAUAUGGUGUUGCUUGGAAACAUGGUAAGUUAAAAAAAGGUGAUCAGUUAUUAUCAGUGAAUGGUGUUUCUGUUGAAAAUGAAUAUCAUGAAACAGCUGUAUAUUUAGUUAAACAAGCGCAAGAUAUCGUGAAAUUAGUUGUACAAUAUUCGCCACAAGAUUUAAACGAAAUGGAAAAUCACUUCGACCAAUAA